CUUUUGCCAACACGUUGCAUAUACCGGUAAACGAUUGAAAGGGAAGCUCAAAAUGACAUUUAUGACAUCGUGGGAAGAGUUCUCAAAGGCUGCAGAGCGUCUUUAUUUAAAUGACCCAUCAAAAUGCCGAUAUACGAUCAAGUACAGACAUUGUGAUGGGAAAAUCAAUGUCAAGGUGACAGAUGACUCUGUAUGUUUACAAUAUCGUACAGAACAUGCACAGGAUGUUAAGAAAUUGGAAAAGUUGACAAGCUUAUUGAUGAGACAUAUGGCAUCAAAAGAAAAGUGAGUUCUUAAAGUGCUGAGCAGUUACCGGGUCAAAAUAUGGAACAAUCAAUAGUACCAAUGGCACAGAAGAAAAAAAUAAAGGAAUAAAAGACUUUGUGAAAUGUAAUCAAAACCACUUUUAGAGAUGUGAACACCAGAAGACAAAGAUUGCGCUCGGCAAAGUGUGAUGAUCCUGAACAAAAAUACUCAUGGUAUAGACAAUACCAUGCAACUAGAGACGGUAUUCAACUACAGACUUGUAUGUUGUAUUCUAAAUUACAGGUGUAACUGUAAUGGAAGAUGGUAGAUAUAAAUGUUCCUGAAUUUGAAGAACAUGUGUAAGAAUGACUGAUGAAUAGAUGUGUGAGUGAUGUUUACUGUUGUGGUUUUUAAUUACAUUUCAAUGAACUUUUUUCUUUGGUUCCUGGUGCAUUUUGUUUGAGUGAGCUAAUUCCAAACAAUAUAUUGCAAUCAGAUUUGCAAACUAUCCAGUAUAUUUCUUGUUGUAGAAAUGUGUUAAGCCAAUGAAUGUGAAGACCACUUUUGUUUUUCACGUCCCAUUUUACAUUAAAAUUUCACAUGUAUAUGAAGAACUAUUUUUUCCUGAUCAGUCCAUGAUUGCUUUGGCUUUAGCAGUUGAACCUGCAAGAAACACGCAAGGUACAAAUUGAGGGGUCCAGCUGUACCUAUCCGAAACUAACUUGCUGAAUAUUAAUAGUUUUCAGAAUUAGUGUACUUGCAUAUUUCCAGAAGCGUUAUCUGUAACGUAUAAGGAAGAAAGAUGGUAUCAUAAUUUUUGCUAAAUGCUUUAUGCUUGACAGGAAACAAUGACACUUUGUAGUUUGAGCUUUACAUACAUCAGGUCCAACAACAUUUGGUACUUGUGUGUUCCAGUUUAGUGGAAUGAUUCCAGUCCAACUGAACCAUUUCAACCGGAUUAUGCCAAAUAGGUCCAUGUCAAUUGACUAAAAUGCCAUUGCUGAAGGGGGAAUAACUCUAACGAAUGCAAAAAGUUCAAAAUUAACAAAAUCCUUUCACAAUAGCGCAGAAGCCACACAAAGAAAAAAUGCUUUCAAAAGAUUUUGUUUAGUGAAGUGUCUCUACCAAAUGUGAGAUUUCACAAGUGUUCCUACCCUUUUCAAUGGGCAUCUGACAUCAUUUUUCAGCUUUUAGGAAGUACACAUAUUUCAAUUAAAAAUUUAUCACAGUAAAUCAUUCAUGGAUUUUACUGUAUAUGGAAAUACAAUAUCAGUUGAUUCUACUUCUAACAGUGGAUAAAACAUGAAGCAAAAGAAACUAUGUAUGUUUUUCACAUUUCUGACCUUUCAUGAAAGGUUUUAAUAGUUCUCCAGAUCAUUUAUUUAAAUGGAUGUGUUCUGUUUGAUUUUUUCUGACUUGUUAUUGAAGGCAUGAAAAUCAUUUUCAAAAAAUAAAAGUUAAACAAGUUGUAAACAUGAUCCCAAAACUACAGGUUUUGAUUCAUUAUAUUUACAAAUAUAUUUCCUAUCAUAAAGGAGUUAGUUUGGUUUUAUUGUACUGAAAACUCUGAAUAGGUGUCUUCAAAAGGAGGAAAUAAAGAAUGUCUGUCUGUCCAUGUUAAAGCAAUUAAUUAUAUUUCAAAAUCAUUUGAUGAGUUUUUUUAUGCUUUGGUCUGCUUGAAGUAAUAGUAUAACUGUAAAAUAAUAUACACCGUCUAUAAGAUUUGGGUAAAUUUCGUUAAACAAAUUUGUGAUAUCUAGGCUUUUCAUUCAAAAGUAGAGAAAAGACCAGUUAUUAUAUUAUGUUAAGGUUGAAAACUGCUUGUGUAUGUUGGAUGAAAUUUUGAGAUAAACUUCCACUAGGUCUUCUUCUAAAGGGCUUCAGAGUUCCAUAUACAAUGAUAUAUUUAUGCUCUGUUAAAGGGAAGUAACUUUGUCUUCAAAUUUGACGUAAAUGAACUGAUUACAUCUGUAUGAGAUAAACUUUGUUGUAAAUAAAUUGUUAAACUAUCA